AUCGAACCAACGAAUUAGAUUCACGAAUUUAUUAUUUGUACACCUUUAAAAAAAAUUGUACUCUCCCUCGGCCUCUCCUCUGAAAAGCUUGAUGCCAGCGACUCAAAACACAAUUAACCCUGCAACUUUGACUCAAAACAAUUGCAUUAAAAGAUGACGUUCUUUAUAAUAGCAUAAUUAGGGUUUACACGCUUGAUCAUCUUCGUCUAUAUAUAUUUAUAUUAUAUAUAGACCUAGCUCCAAGUUCUAGUCCAUAUAUACCUUCUUCAACCAUGGCCGAAACUGGUAAGCAGCUGCACAUAGUUAUGUUCCCAUGGUUAGCCUUCGGUCACAUGCUUCCCUUCCUCGAGCUCUCAAAGCUCAUAGCCCAAAAGGGUCACAAAAUCUCCUUUGUAUCCACUCCCCGAAACAUCGAUCGCUUCCCAAAACUUCCUCCAGACUUAGCUCAUCUCAUCAAAUUUGUAAAACUUCCCCUACCCCAGGUCCAAAACCUCCCCGAAAAUGCAGAGUCCACCUCCGACCUACCUUACCACAAGGUCAAGUACCUCAAGAUGGCCUAUGAUCUCCUCCAACAACCCAUGAACAGUUUUCUAGAAGCUUCUGCUCCUGAUUGCGUUAUCUAUGACUUUAUAGCAUAUUGGUUAGGUCCAAUUGCUGCUAAGCUCAAUAUUUUAAGUUGUUUGUUUUGUGUUUUCAUUGCGUCUGCUUUAGGCUAUGCCGGACCAGCUUCAGUUUUGAUGGACCCUCAGAACGAAUAUCGGACGAAGCCGGAGGAAUUCACCGUCCCACCCAACUGGUUUCCGUUCAAAUCAACGGUUGCAUUUAGACUCUUCGAGAUUUUGCGAAUUUUUGACGAGGUGGAAGCACUGGUUGAUAAUGUUCCGGCUGUGUAUCGCUUGGGAGCGGGCAUUGAUGGGUGUGAUGUGAUAACUAUGAGAAGCUGUUAUGAGUUUGAACCGGAAUGGUUGACACUUCUCGGAGAUAUUCACCGGCCAAAGCCGGUUAUACCGGUGGGUCAACUACCUCCGGUAGCGUAUCAUGACGACGAGGAGGACGAUGCAUGGAGGGAAAUGAAAGCGUGGCUUAAUAAGCAGAGUAAAGGGUCAGUGGUUUAUGUUGCAUUUGGGAGCGAGGCGAAACCGAGUCAAGCUGAACUCACUGAGAUAGCUCUAGGGCUAGAGCUAUCCGAGUUACCGUUCUUUUGGGCUCUAAGGAAGCAGCGUGGGAUGGCCGACACGGAGGUGAUUGAGUUGCCCGAAGGGUUUGAGGAGAGAACCAGAGGACGUGGAUUGGUGAGGACGAGUUGGGUGCCUCAACUCAAGAUACUGAGUCAUGACUCGGUGGGAGGGUUCUUGACUCACUCGGGUUGGAGUUCCGUGGUGGAGGCAAUACAGUUUGCGAGAGCCCUUAUACUGCUGACGUGUUUGGCGGAUCAAGGGUUGAAUGCUAGGGUUUUGGAAGAGAAGAAGAUGGGUUACUCCAUACCGCGAGACGAGCGAGACGGGUCGUUUACGAGUGACUCAGUGGCUGAGUCACUGAGGUUGGUGAUGGUAGAGGAGGGAGGGAAGAUAUACAGGGACAAGGUCAAGGAGAUGAGAGGAUUGUUUGGCGACAGGGAUAAACAAGACAAGUACGUGGAUAAUUUGUUGGCUCACUUUCAAAGUCACAGAAAAGGUGGACUCAAGAAGGAAAUUAAGUGAUGUCAAUAUUUAUUUAUUUAUUUAUUAAUUAUUUUUUUUUUUUAAAGUUAAGGCAAUUUAACACUCUACCUCCUAAGGUUUAAACUCCUGAUCUCGUUGUAAAAAAAAAAAGUGAUACCGCUGAGCCAAUUAAUCUAACUAAUGUCAAUAUGAGUAGUAAUACAAGGGAGUUAUAUAUUUGGACAAAUUAAUACGUUAGGUGAGUUGAAAUUAAUGUAAUGGUAUAUUAAUGAUUGAAUUUUGGAUUCUUUUGUUGUGGUAA